CUGCCCGCAUAUGGUACGUCCUUCCUUCCCCCGUGCCCCGUGCAAGGGUGGUACGCGCUGCCUCCGCUCGCCGCCCCUCCCCGUCAGUUUCCGCGCGAAAAGCUGGGGCUGUCUGCUCUGCUGCCGCGUCUGCUGCAGUCUCCGAGAUGCCGGCCCGCACCGCCCCAGCCCGGGUGCCCGCGCUGGCCAUCCCGGCCAUCUCCCUGCCUGACGAUGUCCGCAGGCGGCUCAAAGACUUGGAAAGAGACAGCUUAACGGAAAAGGAGUGUGUGAAGGAGAAAUUGAAUCUCUUGCAUGAAUUUCUGCAAACAGAAAUAAAGAAUCAGUUAUGUGAUUUGGAAACCAAAUUACAUAAAGAAGAAUUAUCUGAGGAGGGCUACCUGGCUAAAGUCAAAUCCCUUUUAAAUAAAGAUUUGUCCUUGGAGAACGGAGCUCAUACUGUCAGUCGAGAAACGAACGGCCAUCUAGAAAACGGGAGCCAAGGAAGCCGUGCAGACAGGAGAGUGAAAAUGUCAGAACCAAACGCCCCCAAAUCCGGUUCCAAACCUCGUGGACCCAGAAGAAGCAAGUCUGAUAGCGAGACUAAGGCUGAAGCUUCAUCUAGUCCCAUGGUUACGAGGAGAACGACCAGGCAGACCACCAUCACAUCUCAUUUUACAAAAGGCCCUGCUAAACGGAAACCUGAGGAAGAACCUGAAAGAACAAAUUCAGAUGACUCUGAGGAAGACAAAGACCAGGAAGAGAAGAGACGUUUACAGGAAGAGAAGAGACGUAGAGUUACAGCCACUGAAUCAGUUGCUGAACCUACUGCAACAGAACCGGAAACAGUGACACCAGGAACACAUACUGACACUGAAGAGGAAGAGAGAGAAGGAGAAGAGAGGAGACUCAGAAGUCAAACCAAAGAACCAACACCUAUACCGAAACUGGAGGAGGAGCUGGAUGGAGAAGCCAGACCAGGGACUCACAAUGAAGCGGAAGGAGAUAAGCGAGUAAAGGAUGAAAGGAGGUCUAGAAGUCAAUCCAAAGACCUAGCUGCCAAACGGAGACCUGAUGAAAAAGAACCUGAGCGAGUAACUCCACAAAUGUCUGAGAGAGAUGAGGAUGAAAAGGAGGAAAAAAGACGAAAAACUACACCCAAAGAACCAGCUGAGAAAAAAAUGACUCGGAACAAAACCCUUUUGAACCCCAAGGUUCAGCCACCCAAGUGCAACGAAUGCGGGCAGUUCCUGGAUGAUGUUGACCUCAAGUAUGAGCAGCACCCCUCUGAUGCGCUGGAAGAGCCCCAGAUGUUGACAAAUGAGAAACUGUCCAUCUUUGAUGAAAAUGGAUCUGGCUUUGGGAGUUACGAAGAUCUUCCCCAACACAAACUGACGUACUUCAGUGUGUACUGUAAGCGAGGUCACCUGUGCCCGAUUGACACUGGCCUCAUCGAGAAGAACGUGGAGCUUCUCUUUUCUGGUACAGCAAAACCAAUCUAUGAAGAUAAUCCGUCUCUUGAAGGUGGUGUUAAUGGCAAGAAUCUUGGCCCCAUUAAUGAAUGGUGGAUCACUGGCUUUGAUGGAGGUGAAAAGGCACUCAUCGGCUUCAGCACCUCGUUUGCCGAAUACAUUCUGAUGGAACCCAGCCCAGAGUAUGCCCCAAUAUUUGGGCUGAUGCAGGAGAAAAUCUACAUCAGCAAGAUAGUAGUGGAAUUCCUCCAGGGCAACCCUGAUGCGACCUAUGAAGACCUGAUCAACAAGAUUGAGACCACGGUUCCCCCAUCUACAAUCAACUUGAAUCGGUUCACAGAGGAUUCUCUCCUUCGACACGCCCAGUUUGUGGUGAGCCAGGUAGAGAGUUAUGAUGACGCCAAGGACAGUGACGAGCAGCCCAUCUUCCUGACCCCCUGUAUGAGAGACCUCAUCAAGUUGGCAGGGGUCACCCUGGGACAAAGACGCUUCUCCCUUAGGCGAGCCGAAAGACGUCAGACCAUCAGGCAUCCUGCCAAGGAGAAGGAUAAAGGACCCACAAAAGCCACCACCACCAAACUAGUCUACCAGAUCUUUGACACUUUCUUCGCAGAGCAGAUUGAAAAGGAUGACAGGGAGGACAAAGAGAAUGCCUUUAAACGCCGGCGGUGUGGAGUCUGCGAGGUUUGCCAACAGCCUGAGUGUGGAAAGUGCAAAGCCUGUAAGGACAUGGUUAAAUUUGGUGGCAGUGGACGGAGCAAGCAAGCUUGUCUAAAGAGGAGGUGUCCCAAUAUGGCAAUGAAGGAGGCAGAUGAUGAUGAAGAAGUUGACGACGACAUCCCAGAGGUGCCAUCACCCAAAAAAAUGCAUCAAGGGAAGAAAAAGAAACAGAACAAAGAUCGGAUCUCUUGGGUUGGGGAGGCCGUCAAGACUGAUGGGAAGAAGAGUUACUAUCGUCAGGUGUGCAUUGACGCGGAAACCCUGGAGGUGGGGGACUGUGUCUCUGUCAUUCCAGAUGACUCCUCAAAACCUCUGUAUCUAGCAAGGGUCACGGCACUGUGGGAGGACAACGGCAAUGGGCAGAUGUUCCACGCUCACUGGUUUUGUGCUGGGACAGACACGGUCCUUGGGGCCACAUCAGACCCCCUGGAGCUGUUCCUGGUGGAUGAGUGUGAGGACAUGCAGCUUUCCUACAUCCACAGCAAAGUCAAGGUCAUUCAUAAAGCUCCCUCGGAAAACUGGGCGAUGGAGGGAGGUAUGGAUCCGGAGUCCAUGCUGCCAGGGGACCAUGAUGAUGGAAAGACCUAUUUCUACCAGUUCUGGUACGAUCAAGACUAUGCAAGAUUUGAGUCCCCUCCCAAGACCCAGCCAACAGAGGACAACAAGUUCAAGUUCUGUGCAAGCUGUGCCCGACUGGCCGAAAUGAGGCAGAAAGAAAUUCCCAGGGCUCUGGAGCAGCUUGUCGACCUGGACAGCAAAAUUCUCUACAGCUCUGCCACCAAGAAUGGCAUCCUGUAUAGGGUGGGCGAUGGCGUGUACCUGCUUCCUGAGGCCUUCACAUUCAACAUCAAGCUGUCCAGCCCUGUGAAACGCCCAAAGAAGGAGCCUGUGGAUGAGGAUCUAUACCCAGAGCACUACCGAAAGUACUCUGACUACAUCAAAGGCAGCAACCUGGAUGCCCCCGAGCCCUACCGGAUUGGCCGGAUAAAAGAGAUCUUCUGUGCCAAGAAAACCAAUGGCAAGCCCAAUGAGUCAGACAUCAAGAUCAGGCUGAACAAGUUCUACAGGCCCGAGAACACCCACAAGUCCACCUCAGCGAGCUACCAUGCGGACAUCAACCUGCUCUACUGGAGUGACGAGGAGGCCGUAGUGGACUUCCAGGCCGUGCAGGGCCGCUGCACCGUGGAGUACGGGGAGGACCUGCCGGAGUGCCUGCAGGAGUACUCGGAGGGCGGCCCCGACCGCUUCUACUUCUUGGAGGCCUAUAAUGCAAAGACCAAAAGCUUUGAAGAUCCUCCAAAUCAUGCCCGUAGCCCUGGGAAUAAAGGAAAAGGGAAGGGGAAAGGGAAAGGCAAGACGAAGUCUCAGGCCUCUGAGCCGAGUGAACCAGAGACAGCAAUAAAACUGCCCAAGCUGCGGACCCUGGACGUGUUUUCUGGCUGUGGGGGGUUGUCGGAAGGGUUCCACCAAGCAGGCGUCUCCGAGACUCUGUGGGCCAUUGAAAUGUGGGAUCCCGCGGCGCAGGCGUUCCGGCUGAACAACCCCCGCUCCACGGUGUUCACAGAGGACUGCAAUGUCCUGCUCAAGCUGGUUAUGGCCGGGGAGAAGACCAACAGCCGUGGCCAAAGGCUGCCCCAGAAGGGCGACGUGGAGAUGCUGUGUGGCGGGCCCCCCUGCCAAGGCUUUAGCGGCAUGAACCGCUUCAACUCUCGUACCUACUCAAAGUUCAAAAACUCCUUAGUGGUCUCCUUCCUCAGCUACUGUGACUACUACCGGCCCCGGUUCUUCCUUUUGGAAAACGUCAGGAACUUCGUCUCCUUCAAGCGCUCUAUGGUGCUGAAGCUCACCCUCCGCUGCCUUGUCUGCAUGGGCUACCAGUGUACCUUUGGCGUGCUGCAGGCUGGUCAGUAUGGUGUGGCCCAGACCCGGAGGCGGGCCAUCAUCCUGGCUGCGGCCCCUGGAGAGAAACUCCCCCUGUUCCCAGAGCCCCUGCAUGUGUUUGCACCCCGUGCCUGCCAGCUGAGUGUCGCGGUGGAUGAUAAGAAGUUUGUCAGCAACAUCACCAGGUUGAGCUCAGGUCCGUUCCGAACCAUCACGGUGCGGGACACGAUGUCGGACCUCCCUGAGAUCCGGAACGGGGCCUCGGCGCAGGAGAUCUCCUAUAACGGGGAGCCUCAGUCCUGGUUCCAGAGGCAGCUUCGGGGCUCGCACUACCAGCCCAUCCUCAGGGACCACAUCUGUAAGGACAUGAGCGCAUUGGUGGCCGCCCGUAUGCGUCACAUCCCCCUGGCCCCGGGCUCAGACUGGCGCGAUCUGCCCAACAUUGAGGUGCAACUCACUGACGGCACCCUGGCCAAGAAACUGCGCUACACCUACCACGACAAGAAGAACGGCCGCAGCAGCUCCGGCGCCCUGCGUGGAGUCUGCUCCUGUGUGGAAGCAGGUAAAGCCUGUGACCCCUCCGCCAGACAGUUUAACACCCUCAUCCCCUGGUGCCUGCCCCACACCGGAAACAGGCACAACCACUGGGCCGGCCUGUACGGACGGCUUGAGUGGGACGGCUUCUUCAGCACAACUGUCACCAACCCCGAGCCUAUGGGCAAGCAGGGACGUGUGCUUCACCCCGAGCAGCACCGCGUGGUGAGUGUGCGGGAGUGUGCCCGCUCCCAGGGCUUCCCUGACACCUACCGGCUGUUUGGCAACAUCCUGGACAGGCACCGACAGGUGGGUAAUGCUGUGCCACCUCCCCUGGCCAAAGCCAUUGGCUUGGAGAUCAAGCUCUGUAUGUUGGCCAAAGCUCAAGAGAGUGCCUCAGCUAAAGCAAAGGAAGAGGUGGCUGCUAAGGACUAGCUUCACCCUCCAUCACUCUUUUUUCUGGCACCAGGAAUCCCCAACAUGCACUGAUGUUGUAUUUUUAACAUGUUUAAAUCUGUCAGUUCAGAUGUGUUGUACACAGUGUUUGUGGCCUUGGCUGACAUGAAGCUGUUCUGUGAGGUUUGCUGAACUAAUGACUUAGUGAUCAAACUGUGCAGUUCUUUGUGCAUUCUGGAUUUUAAAAGUUUUUUAUUAUGCAUUAUAUCAAAUUACCACUGUACAAGUGGAAAUUAAGACUUUAUGUAGUUUUUAUAUGUUGUAAUAUUUCUUCAAAUAAAUCUCUCCUAUAAAUCA